AUUGCUCUAUGAGUACAGAGACAGUCUGUCUGCCGUUGAAUACCGUCUUGAGAAGUUGCUUAAUCUUCGCGAGUUUUCCUCUUAUAUACAAAAGAAAUGGCUAAUCAGUUGAAUUUAAGUAAAGUCCCCGUGAGUGUUGCAAUGAAUCAAUCGAUGGAAACAACGAAUGUUCAAGAAAAUAAACGACCAAUUUUUGACAUCACAACGGAUUCAUUUGAUGAGGAACCUGAGACUUCAUCAAUUAACCCCGAUCAAGUUACUAAGAAGCUAAAAGAUUUAUCGUGCGCAGAAGAAGAUGAAGAAAAUCUCCCUGCACGCCCACUCAUUGUAUGCGUGCAAAUUCUCAAUUCUGACGAUGCUGGAGAAAGUUUAACUGACAAGGAAAUUCGAAUGCUUGUGAAGGCAGGACAUUGUCCAUUGUAUAAAAUUGAGAAAAUGCUCAAUAAUCCAGAACGUGGUGUAAAAAUUAGACGACAAAUUGUCACGGAGAAUGCCAAAUUUGCCCCACAAAUCCUCAGUGAUUUGCCCUAUACGAGCUACGAUUACAGCAAGGUGAUGAAUGCAUGCUGUGAGAAUGUUCUGGGGUACGUACAGAUCCCCUUAGGCUAUGCAGGUCCUCUUCUUCUCGAUGGGAAAACCUACUACGUACCAAUGGCAACAACAGAAGGUGCCUUGGUGGCAAGUACUAAUCGUGGAUGCAAAGCUAUCUCAGCACGUGGUGUUACAAGUGUCGUGCACGACGUCGGUAUGACACGUGCCCCCUGCGUACGUUUCCCUGACAUCUCUCAAGCAGCCAAGGCGAAAGCCUGGAUUGAAACAACCGAAAAUUACGAAGCCAUCAAAGCUAUGUUUAAUUCUACGAGUCGCUUUGGACGACUCCAGGAGAUAAUGAUUGCCAUGAAUGGACCAUUGCUGUUUCUACGCUUCAGAUCUCACACUGGAGAUGCCAUGGGGAUGAAUAUGGUGUCGAAGGGUACGGAAAAAGCCUUGACGCACAUUAAGGAAAACUUCCCUGAGAUGGAAGUAAUUAGCCUAAGUGGAAAUUUCUGUGCAGACAAAAAGCCAACAGCUGUGAAUUGGAUAAAGGGUCGUGGAAAGAGUGUUGUGUGUGAAGCUAUAAUACCAGCUGAACAGCUACGAUCAAUCCUAAAGACAGACGCCAAAACACUGGCACAGUGCAACAAAUUGAAGAACUUAGUUGGAAGCUCAAUGGCUGGGAGUAUUGGUGGCAAUAAUGCUCAUGCAGCAAAUAUGGUGACGGCAAUUUUUAUUGCCACUGGCCAGGAUCCGGCACAGAAUGUAACAAGUAGCAACUGCAGCACUUCCAUGGAGGUGUAUGGGAAGAAUGAAGAAGAUCUCUACAUGACGUGCACGAUGCCAUCGUUAGAAGUUGGAACCAUUGGAGGUGGAACAGUACUCACAGCUCAGUCAGCUUGUCUCAAUAUGCUCGGAUUGCGCGGAUCACAUCCAACGGAUCCAAGUCAGAAUGCAAAAACAUUGGCAAGUGUUAUCUGUGCCACAGUGAUGGCCGGAGAAAUUAGUCUUAUGGCUGCUCUGGUUAAUAAUGAUCUCGUUAAGAGUCACAUGGUGCACAACAGAUCUGCAACAAAUCUAGCUGAAUUUCAAAAGCAAGAAUUAGCAGCAAUGCAGAACUUCCCAAAGUUUGAUAAUACAAGAAACUAGGAGAAUAGUUUUAGGGGUUAAAAAGAAAAUUUUGGAGCUGGGCUAUUACGGAUUUAAGGUUUUCAUUGCGUAUAUUUUUUAUCAAAAGACUUUAAGGAAUUAAAAUUGUUGGCAUUA